AUGGCGACCGCCUCAGCUUUCUCUUAUGCGCAGGCCGCCAAGGGCCAAGGCACUGUGCCCUCAAAUACCCUCUCUGGACAGCCUGUUCAGGACUCUCAGCCAUCUGCAACCGCGCCCAAGGCUAACACAGACGUCGAAAGCGCGACCGAGUCCACUGCCGCCGUCCGAAGCGCCGAAUCCCCUGCCAACGCAGGAAAGCAAGAUAUUGUCAGCACUACUGGUUCCGAGGUCGAAGCUCGAUCCGAGGAUGUCCAAGAGACGCGCCGCGAACCUGUGCGAGAUGAUGAGUCUAGCAGGUUAGAUCGCCCAUGGCGACGAGGCGACAAGGGCACGAGGUCCUCGAGUACUACUACACGAUCGGUCGACGAGCAAGACUCCAGGAGGCCGCGGAAGUCUAAGAAGUCCAAGGCGACAGAAAAGCAAGCCAACGACCAAUCAGCAGCGGAUAAGGAGCAGGAGCCUGAAAAAGAGGCUCCCAAGGUUGAGCUUUUCGAGGCGCCCAUCCCAUCUGUCAAUAUAUGGCGGCAGCGGGCGGAAGCGCAGGCCAAGACUAAGCCAUCAGAGCAAACAACCAACGGCGUGUCCAAGUCCGACGUGCCCUCCAAAGCGGCUGAGAACAGUGUUCCCGCCGCUAGCCAGCGUGACAGCGUACCAAAUGGCGUCAAGGCCCCUCGGAAGCCGGUCGAUGCCCCUCGGCCUGAGAGGAAUGCCAGCCGCGGCUCAAGGGCAGCAGACAAGGAUGCCAGCAAAGGCGAGAUCCCCCCUUCAGUCGCCGAUACAACAGCUUGGCCCACUCCUGAGACGGCCAUCAAAGAAGACAAGAAGAAGCCCGCCGAGAAGGGCGAUCGUGUUGAGAAAGAUGCCUCAGAAGAUGGAUCUCAAUCAAAGCCAAGACAGAAGUGGGUUACGAUGGACUAUGUGCCAAGCGUAAACUUCGAAACACAGCUCCCUCAGAUGCGCAACUCUAAGCCUCGUGGUGGAGCUAGAAGCGCCAACGGUCCCAGGGCUACGGGGUCAGCACACGCCAGUGACAAGGCCACCACCCCCGUCGCCAACCAAGGCAAGUUCAGCGAGAACAGCAACGGCAACAACAGCAACAAGGACCGCCCUCGUGAUGGCGCCAACGGCCCGAACCGAAAUGCUUCUGUGCCUCAAGCUACCAAGCGAGCAUCGACAGACAUGUCCAUCCCACGUGAGCAGAGGAAAGCUGUGAGCCAACCCGGCGCCGAGAAAAAGGAUGCCGCAUCUAACUCUAAUGAGCAGGGUCAUGCCGUUCGUGAACGAACAGAAACCCGCAAUGAUAGACCACGAGGCGCAUACCGCGGACGUGGCGCACACCAUCCUGCCAAUACUCAGCACCAGCAUACCGCCUCCAGCUUCUCUUCAUCUGGCGCGAUGGGCGGACGAGGUCAAGGUCCCUAUAGCCCGCCAGCUAGACAAGGCGGCCAUGGUCAGAUGUUUGUGCCGAACCAGAGGGGUGGCCGAGGCGGUCGAAGCAACGCUGGAAACUACCAUCGCAUGUCUCUCCCCAAUGGAUCAACACGCAUUCCUCAGGUCCAAAAUCAGUUUGGUUCCUUCGAGUAUACAGUGGCACCGAUGGCGGCAAUGCCUUUCCAGCAGCCCUACUGGGACAACAUGCUUGUACCAGUGCUGAAGAGCCAGGUCGAGUACUACUUCUCGAUCGAGAACCUGUGCAAGGAUGUCUAUCUCCGUGCACGAAUGGACUCUCAAGGUUUCGUGCCUUUGCAUUUCAUCGCCUCUUUCAAACGUGUGCGAGAUCUCUCCGCCGAUAUUGCCAUGGUUCGUGCGGUUUGUGAGCUUUCAACCGAGGUCGACCUCGUCGUUGGCGAUGAUGACGUUGAGCGUGUGCGACGAAGCGAGUCGUGGGAGAGCUUUGUUCUGCCGAUGGAUGUCCGAGAGGACUUUGCCAAAACCCAUGGGCCGGCUCAAUUCACAUACAAGAACCGAACGGCACCUGUGCCGAUGCCACCGCAUUUUAACGGAAUGCCUGUCCCAUUUGGCAUGGCAUCGCCACCUGCCUAUGCAGCCCACGUUGAGGCCCCGUUCCAGCAACUGCCCGACGAAUCCAUUGCCAACCAAGGAGUUAACGGAUACGUAAACGGCCACAUGAACGGCUUUGCUGGCGCUAGCCAGCUGUCGGCUGACGUGCCCGAUUUUGCUCCUACAGGUAUCCUUCCGCUCGGUGAGGCUGCGGUAAACGGACAUGCCGAGAUCCCCGUUGAGGCAACAAACGGGGUGCAGAACGAGUAA